AUGACAGGUAGUGAUAAUUCAUCUUCAAAUCGCUCAACCGCCCGUCGCAAAGACCCAGCCUGCGGAACAUGUCGCAAGAAGUGUCGAAAAUGCGAUCGGAAACGUCCAAUAUGCGAUAGAUGUCGCACCAAAGGUCUCCAUUGUGAAGGAUACCCCCCACGGUUUCAAUUCCAAGAGACAUUAACGAUUACCCCCAAUCAACCAAGCUUGCAGCCUGCGACAUCAGAUAGCGUUGAUGCCUCGCCUUCACAGCCAGUGAGCUUGAGUGAGUCACCUCCAGAAUUGUCAAUGCCACCUGUGCCCAUCGAUGCAAGACUGUCGGCUUCACUUUCGCCCGAAUUACCUGUCCUUAAGACGUCAGCUUUGACCUUGACGUCGCCUCAAACAUCAGCGACUCUAUCACUGUCGCCCGACGUCGCGCCCUUUACUAUCUCACUCUCAGCACACACCGACCUAGAGAACGAUAUUACGACAAAUCGAUAUAUCAUUGACUACUUUGAUCAAACGCUAAGCGAGCACUUCAUUAUCCACGUACCAGGUUUGGACAACCCAUUCAGAGAAUAUGUUCUGCCACUUGCCUACCAGCAUCAAGGUAUUCUGCAUUCGCUACUCGGAUUGACAGCAUGCCAUAUGCAUAACACUAGACACGCGAACAGUCAGAGACUCGUCACGAUAUCUCUUGGGUACAGACUAUCAGCGAUACGAUCUCUCGCUUCUCUGCUACACAAAGAAGAUAUCUCACGACUGACACCAACCGAGGAGGAACAUGUUCUAGCUAUGGUUUGUGAAUCAGGCGUCUCAACCCAUGGGGCUCACUUGACAGGUGUAUCGUUCCUCUGCAAGCGGAUCGCUUGCCUUGACACAUCGCCCAUGCGUUCAAAAACCGCCAUGUUCUUGAUAUCCGCAUUGUCAUGGCUGGAUAUGAUACGAGGUUUCAGCGGUGCUGAAAAGCUCUCCUACUCGACCGAGGUACGAGAAUGCGUGAGAGACCACGGAAGUUUAAGCCUUCACACGUUAGUUGGCUGUCCGCCAGUAAUGUUCCUCAAGAUUGGCCAGGUGCUCGAGGCAGGUAAAGCUUACCUGGCUGGAGACCUGCCCGUUGAACAGUUUGAGCAAUUACUCGACGGAGCUGAGAAGUUCUUCCGCGGCUGGGAUGCCGAUAAUGCCGUUUAUCCCACCAACCACCAGGAAUGGCGACACCUUGCCGAGGCAUACAGACAUGCAUGCUUGCUCCGCGUGAUGCGAUUUCCCGACGCUUUCGCUAUCUCAUGCGACGACCCGCAGAUAAAAGCUUCUGUCUCGGCGGUUUUGGACGUUUGUGCUACAAUACCGAGAGACAGCGCAUUUUAUAAACGUCUGCUAUUUCCGCUGUUCCUAGCAGGGGCCGAUACCUGCGCUCCGCAUCAAAUACACUACGCAAGCUGGUGCAUCAACGAAAUCAAGCACUCUACGGGCUUCCAGCACCCCGCCAUGACCGAGUUAUUGACCAAAGUCUGGGACGAGAGAAGGACGAAUCCUCGGGGUUGGUCAAACAUUCCCUGGAUGGAAUUUGCCGAGUUGGACAAGGCAUCCAAGCUGGCAAAUGUUCCCCACUGUGAACAAUAUGAGAGGAUGAUCUCAGGGAUGCUAUAUGAUUCACUUAUUCCGAAGCUCACAAAUGCUCGUCUCGCUGCUCGGAAGGCCAUGAACGAAUACAACACCUGGUUUCCCGAAGGCGACGACUUCAACAUCGAGAACAUCACGAAAAGGCGAGCCGAAAUGCUCCAAUCAUUUCUUGGACACGUGGAAGACGACGAAGUCUUCAUCGAGCCACCAUUCAGAGUCGACUACGGCCCCAACAUGUCAGUUGGAAAGAGAUUCUACGCCAACUUCAACUUGACGGUCUUGGAUUCAGCUAUUGUUACGAUUGGCGACAGGGUCAUGAUUGGUCCAAACGUUAUGAUCUCGACGGCGACACAUGAAACGGAGGUCGCAAGUCGAAGGGCCUGCAUCGAGUAUGCGUAUCCUAUCAAUAUUGGCGAUGACUGUUGGAUUGGGGGCGGUGUCACUAUUUUACCUGGUGUUACGAUUGGAGAGGGAUGUACGAUAGGCGCUGGAUCAAUCGUGACGCGCGAUAUACCCGCCUGGAGCGUGGCCGUAGGAUCUCCUGCAAGGGUUGUCAAAAAGGUGCAGCCGCUGGGAGAGUUCAGCGAAUCGAACGGCGUUUGA